AACUCAAUUGGUUUCCCUCGCUUUUUAUAUUUUCACAAAAUCAAUUGGUUUGUUGUUCUCUCUCUCUUUAUCUCACAACACCUGACUCUUCUCGGUUUAGGAUUUCUUCACUUGAAAGUUAGGGUUUUGCCGCUUGGAAGUUGGAAGUGAUAACUGGGCAUCAUUAAUUGAUACCAAGAAGAUAGUAAAGUUUCAAUCUUUUUGCUAUUUGAAAAAAAGCAAUUAUGGUGAUUGCUGAUACUGAGAUUAGUGAGGACAAGAGGGAAAUUGAUGCUCCUAAGUCAAUAUUGAAGAGACACCGUGCCCCAAGUAUUGGCAAGAUGAAGAAAAGGGUUCACUGGGCAGAUCAGAAAAGUGUCGAUGUUCCUGUGUUGGUUGUUGGAACCAAGUCUUGGCCAGCUCUUUCCGAUGCUCAAACUCCAAAACCUAAUAAUCAUGUUCAGAAUGUUGCUGUUCCAGCAUAUGCUUUCCCACCUGGUUCAGGACCUUAUCCGAAUGGUCUGAAUCCUAAGCCUGUAUCCCUGGUGGCAGCAGCACAAGAAAGCACGGAACGAAGAAAAAAGAUCAUACGUAUUACCCGUAAGAUUAAUUUAAAUGAACGGGUUUCAGUUCAAGAUCCCUCUGAGCAUAGUAUGGAACAACACCAACAGGAGAAAUCCAACACCGAUAUAACUGAGUUGGAUCGUGCUUUCAUGAAAUUGUUUUUAAACACUGACGAAAAUAACUUAAUUCAAGCUGAGUCAGUACCAGGAGAAAGUCAUGCCCCAAAGAGAAUAAAUAGAAAAAGGGUACAUUGGGCAGAAGACGGGAAAAGUGUUGAUGUUCCUGUGUUGGUUGUCGGUACCAAGUCUUGGCCAGCUCUUUCUGAUGUUCAAACUCCAAAAGCUAAGAAUCUUGUUGAUAAUGUUUCUGCUAAGGGUGAGAAUGUAGCUGUUUCUGUGCCUAGUGUUGGUCACAUUGCUCCUAGAGCUCCUUCUGUUCAGAAGGCUAACAGCUCUGGAAACUUCUCUCCAAUGAAUAAGAUGCCAUCACCAAGCUAUCAAAAGCCAGGCCCCAAGCGCAAUGUUCGCCCUGUGGCACCUCCACCUCAUAUUGCUGUUCCUGCAUAUGCUUUCCCACCUGGUUCAGGACCUUAUCCGAAUGCUGAGAAUCCUAAGCCUGUAUCCCCGGUGGCAGCAGGACAAGGUUUUACUCCACCUGCUCGUGCCAUUGAUGCCAAACAUUUUCCAAGCUUCCCGGAAAACAUGGAAAGAAGAAAAAGAAAAUCAUUAGCUCGUCAUAAUGAUUUAAAUGAGCAGGCUUCGGUCCAAGAUCCCUCUGAAAGGGACCAGAAGAAGAGAAACAGUAAUGACUCAUUAUUCACUCUUCCUGCUAAUCAACAAACAAGGAAUUUGCAACAAAUAACACAAACAUAUCAUCUGGUGUUACUUUAUCCAAUCGGUACUACACCUCCUGUUAUGAAGAAACUUGAAAAGAUGUGCAACUGGUUGGCAAAAGAGCUUUGAAUUAGGGGAGCUGUUUGCAUGAGGCCAGUUUGAUUGGGUUUAGAGUAUAGGACGAGUACGUCUUGGAUAUCUGUGGCUGAUUUUGUUUGAUCUUUAGAUAGGUGUCUUUCUUUGUUGAACUGCUUGUUUUGGUGUAUAACGCUUCUCUUAGUUACCUACUGAUUUCUAUCUUUUUAGUGUGUUUUUGCAUUUCAUUUGAAUUUUUCAACUACCAAAGUCGUUAUGUCAGAAGCUUUUUUCAGUCUGA